AUGCGUCUCACUAGCCUUCCCUUCAUAGCUUCGGUUAUUAUUGCUUCUGUUGCCGCCAAGGGAAUCAACUGUGAGGGCAGUAGCGAAUGCCCAUUCUGUCACCCGCAGACCAGCCUGAAAGCGCUGCAACAGGCAUGCCAGGCCGUCCCAGACAACCAGCAAUACUACAAUGGCCAACAUAUCUGCUGCACAGCCUGCGACGCUAUCAGCGAUGAAGAGUAUUCCGUCUGCGCAUUCGUUCAGAACACAAAAGGAGGCGCCCCAGGUCACUCAAUCAAGGCCGCUAUUCAGCAAAUCGUUGAUCACAAGUGCGGUCUUUGUGGCAGUUCCCCACUCUAUAAUAACGACGUUAGCGAGGGUGAGCUUACUGUGAAUGUCGUCGACUACACCAGCUGCGAUGAGGCCAUCUGUGCUUAA